AUGUUGGAGAUUUUCGUCGAUGAUGAGACGAAGUUGACGCUGCACGGUCUGCAGCAACACUUCGUCAAGUUGGAGGAAGUCGGGAAGAACAGGAAAUUGAACGAGCUCCUUGACACGCUUGAGUUCAACCAGGCCGUCAUCUUCGUGAAAUCUGUUGCGAGGGCGAUCGAGUUGGACAAGCUGCUCGUUUCGUGCAAUUUUCCCAGUAUCAGUAUUCACUCCGGCCUCGCACAAGAGGAGCGUAUAAGCCGCUACCAAGCGUUCAAGGCGUUUGAGAAGCGUAUCGUUGUCGCCACCGAUAUUUUUGGGCGUGGCAUCGAUGUUGAGCGUAGCAUCGAUUUUGAGCGUGUCAACAUCGUCGUCAAUUACGACUGCCCCCCGGAUGCAGACAGCUAUCUUCAUCGUGUGGGUCGUGCUGGACGAUUUGGAACGAAGGGUCUCGCCAUCACUUUCCAGUCAUCGGAGGCGGACCAGCAGGUGAUGGCGACCAUCCAGUCUCGGUUCGAAGUUGCGAUCCCUGAGCUUCCCGAGCACAUCGAUCCUGCUAGCUACAUGACUUCUUAA